UGAAAUUCCAACCAGAGUCCAGGAAAUGCCCUAAUGGGUGACUUCUCUUUUCUCCUUCCUCAACUAAGCGGAUUCCAAGCUGUUCAAACCAUUUAUUCUUCUUGAGCAGACCCUUGACUUUUGUGCUUAGGUUAUGAGACGAGGGGCUGUAAUUUGGAGCUGUUUGUAGCCGCGAUGACACACCUAGAAUCCAAUCAGUGCUGAGGAUAAGGCAUCACAGAGAGAUGGACUGACCCAGGGCAAGUCUCCUGAGAUGCUCAUCCCAUACAUUAGAUCAUACCCUCCAAUGGUCCAGGCACACGUAGAAACCUCUACGAAGCCUCAGCUACAGAAGGCUCAAACACAACAAGUAACUCCUUUCAUGACCUUUGACUGUCGGGUAUGCGACCAGACUCUCAAGAGAGCGCAGCCUCCAGCAGCCAGCUGCAUGCCUCUGGCAGAGCAUGAACCCAUGAGCCCAGACAGUGAUGCUGGCUGUGCAGGAAACCCAUUCACAAAUCUGCUGGCUCUUGGGAAAAAAGAUGGUGCUGAGAAAUGGCAUUUAUCUGGGAGUAUUUUGGAUGUGUACAGUGAUGAGCAGGGCAUUUCUUCAGCUAAUGCUGGUCUCACGGAUGCUCCUUGUCCAAGUAUUCUACCCAUGAGAAAGGAAAUUGCAGAAACUGAUGGUAGAGCUUUGGCAAAGGAGAGACAGAAAAAGGACAACCACAACCUCAUUGAAAGAAGAAGAAGGUAUAAUAUUAAUUACCGAAUCAAGGAGCUUGGCACUCUUAUUCCAAAGUCUAAUGAUCCUGAUAUGCGCUGGAACAAAGGGACCAUUCUAAAGGCAUCAGUGGACUACAUCAAGUGGCUACAAAAAGAACAACAGAGAGCCCGGGAGUUAGAACACAGACAGAAGAAAUUAGAACAUGCUAACCGUCAGCUUAGGCUCCGGAUUCAGGAACUAGAAAUACAAGCACGUGCUCAUGGUCUACCAAUCCUGGCUUCACUCGGCACAGCUGAUGUUGGUACCCACAUCACCAAGCAGCAGACCCAUCCUGAGAGGAACUUAGGAGGCUGUUGCUUACAACUGACUCCAACUCAGGGGACAAGCCCGGAGUUCUAUGAGCAAGCUGUGGCUUUCUCUGAUCCAUUGUCUCACUUCACAGAUUUAUCCUUUAGUGCCGCUUUGAAAGAGGAACAAAGAUUGGAUGGCAUGCUACUAAGUGAUACAAUAUGCCCCUUUGGGACGGACCCACUACUCUCUGCCAUUUCCCCUGCAGUUUCCAAAGCUAGCAGCCGAAGCAGCCUUAGCUCAGAGGAUGGUGAUGAGUUGUAAGCCGCAAACAGGCUCAAGACAUCAACCAGGAAGCAACUCUCUGCUGGUGCUACUCAAUUGUGAUCUGCCUUUCAUACCUUGCUUUCACUUAACUCUCUGAAAGGAAUUAUAUUGGCCGAGGGGGAGGGGUGGCGUGUGUUUAGAAGUGCUGGAAGAAUUCAUGGGAAGAAGAAACAUGAUGUGAAAGAAUCAUUGAAGAUCACAGUUGUCUACCGAGUUCAGAUUUCCUUACAUUUAUUUUUUUUUCUGGAAAAUGGUCCAGCUUGAUAACGGCUCUAGUGUUGAUACUUUCAGAGCAGUGACAUGCUAGGAUAUUGCUGGAGCUAAGGUCCUUCAAAAGACUGCAACAUCCCACUCCCCUCUCACUCACGUCCAAAUCCUGUGUUACUUUCUACAACAUCAUUUUCUAAAGAUUCACGACUAACAAAUUUGGUGAUAAUUUCUUUUCCUUUGUCGGGUGGACAUACUAUGUAUGGUUGAAUCCUUGUCGGGGGAAAAAAAAAGUAUAAAUUUUUUUUCAUUUAAACUUGAAACUAAGUCUGAAAUAAACAUGAUUUUUUUCAAAAUAGAGCAAAGAAUAUUUCUUAAAGCAAUGUUUUCUAAAAUCAUAUUCUCACUCUUUUAAUCAGUUCAAUGAAAUUAACUCUAAACACCUUGCAUAUUUAUGGGCCUACGGUUUCUUCAGAUAAAGCAACACAUUGAGGAGUCCCCUCCAAGACAUGUCCCUGGAUUUUAAUCGUUUUACACAAAUACACAUGCAUACAAUGUAGAUAGGAUCGAUUGUUUCUUUCUGCUUCAUUCCUCUGAUGAUCUCAUCAAUGCCAUAAACUAUAUUCACAUUUUUUUUUGUUCUUCAAAAUAUGUUGUAUAAUCAAUUUUAGUAAUUAAAAUAUAAAAUAUUCCCAUACUAGGAAAACUUAUCUGGUAUGUAAUAUGUAAUUUAGAUAUGGAUUUCUUAUUCAUAUAGAUAUCACAAAAAUUGAUAAGAUAUUGAAUAUUAGACUAUCAACUGAUCAUCUGUAAGAUGGAACUACAUUUUAUUUUAUUCAGAUAUGAUUGGAAUUAUGUGAUUUUUCUCUUGAAAUUGAGAUGACGCUGUGGUUUGGCCUUUGUCACCAUUUAGUACAAUGUAAGUAUUUGUAUGUAUAGUACUUCAUUUGUGUUUUCUCUCUUGAAUUUUCUAAACUUUAGGAAUUUUAUUAGUAUACAUAUUGCUUUGUGUGACAUUAUGGCUGGACCAAAAUGAAUGAUCAUGAAUCAGUCAACAUUGGUGAGGGAAUGCUUAAAACUACACUAUGCCCUAUGAGACUGUUGGACAGUGAGAAAUAUAUAUAUAUAAUAUCUGAUUCUUGAGGAGGCAUGUAACAAACCCACACGAAAACAAACCCGAAAGGUAGAGGGUGUGCAGAAUUAAAAUCUAAUUAUAUGCUGUGAAGUGGAAGUGUACAGAGAUAAUGAAGAAGAUUGCAAAUUUGAGUGGGAAAUGCAUUAUGUAAAAUGCACAUGUUAGAAAGAAGGGGGUUAAUAUAGGCACAAAUAUUAACCAAAUUAUCGAAGAAAAUACAAGACGGAAAUAUCCUCCUGGGACAUUUGUCUGACAAAUCUGUAUACCUUCCUUCAGGUGUUGUAGUGAAAAUUAAGUCUAGACUGCAAUAAUGUAGUAGAGAUGAAAUUUGUUACUAGAAUGGAAAGUUAGGUAACAAAAUUUGUAGUUCUUGGUUGAGUUGUGAUCUCUGGAAUGUUCAAACAGGCUUAGGAUUUUGUCCACAAUAUAUCAUCAAAAUCUCUUUGGUUCUUACGCUAUUGAAAAUUGAUGAAACCCAAGAUCCUUCUGGAUAAUAGCACUCUAUUGCUUACUGUUUAUCAGCUAUGACUCUGGGAUAUUAGAAUAUUUCACUGUUUGAGAUGGAAAAGCCACUUAUAAUGUCUAGGAAUGGCAGUUAAAGUCAGAUGGGUUGGUUCUAUUAUUAUUUUAGUAAUAAUGACAAAAGUUUUCCUCAGAGUUGAUAAUUUGAUUUGACUUUGCAAAUCAAAGGGAAAUAAAUGCUAUAUGUCCCAUGGAAAACAUACUGUUCUAGCUAGAAGAUUAUUUCUUUUGUGUUUCUGCUGUUCCACUUUUUAUUACAUCUAAGGCUUGCAUAGGUGAUAGUGUUGUCCUGACAUAAUUUUCUAUCCUUGUCCAAAGAACUAAGGUAUCAUAGUAUUGGGUAAAAUAAGGGCUUGGCAGAUUGAUCAAGCCUAGAUAUAAGGUUCUGGAGAAAAGACUAAUAAAUUUAAUGCUCCAUUUAUAUAAUUUGUGAUUUCAGGGAAUUACAAAGUGGGUAAAGACACUUUUAAGAUAGUGUAGAAUGACGUUAUGCCAAUCGAUGAAAAGAAUUUUUAAAAAUUUAGACAAUAAUUUUUAAGUUUUCAUGGCAUAGGUGCCUUGAAAGCUUAGCGACAGCUAUUUAUUCUUUUCCUAGAAAAAUGGAGAACUAUGUAUGGACAGUAAUUUGCACACAUACUAAGUUUGUAAAGCUCCCAAGAAUGUCUCCAUGGAUACCAAGUGAAAGUUUCUGUACCACAUCUGUAAUUCACACACAUCUGUAAUUCACACACAUCUGUAAUUCACACACAGAUACUUAAUUAUCUCUCCAUUGGAGCACGUGUGCAACAGCUAAUACCUUAUGUAGUAGAGAGAUUACGUAAGACCAUAUUCCACUUCUAAUAGCAUUGCUGUUGCAAAGGUAAGCAUGCAUACCAAAUAUAAAAUUACUUGUCAGAAUGCUGCCCAUUCACAAAAGAGUCCACAUACAAGAAACGCCUCUUACCCCAUAAAUUAUGUCUUGUGUGUUAUAUAUUUAAAAUUGAUUUUUUUGUGAACAUUAGAUUUUGUAUACAUUUUACAAUAAGGUUUGGCAUGACAUAUAAAUUUCAAGUUAAAAAUAACAUAAACUAAAAUAUAAGUUAUUUGAGCACCUAGGGGUCUUAGAAAGAAUGUUAAGAAAACUGAUUAAUUAAAGAAUAUUGUUGCAGACUUUACCUAA